GUGGCAUACUUGCAAGUUGUAAGACGUAAAGUGAAGUGAUGCCCUUUUUGUAUUAAAAUUGUUAAUUUUUGUUAUUAAAUUCUUCAAUUGUAUGGUAAAAUGAAUUCACAAUUCUUGCCACCUCAACAAUUUGGGGGUCCUCAACAGAAUUUUCCACCCAACCAAUUAUCACCGCUGUCUGGAGCAGUGUUCCAAAGUGUACCACUUGGAUCUAAACCAGUUCAAUUACAAGGUGGACCACCCCAGAAUAUACUGCCACCUUCUCACAUUCCGCCAAGUAGCACGCCAGAAGGAAAUCUCUCUCAUCUCGGAAACAUCCCACCUCUCGGAUCAAAUACUCAAAUCCCAACAGGACAGUUUCCACCUAAUGUAGGACCUCCAACUAGUGGCGGUGGUAGACUACCAAUUCCACCAAAUCAGUUGCCACGUUCACAAGAUCAGAGGAACACUAAUACUCCUCAAACAAAUCCAUUUCACCCUCCCACUUCUAUAGGACAGAAUCUAACGCCCUCUAAUCAACAGAAUGGGCAACCUCCAUAUUCAAAUUCCCCACAGCAGUUUCAGAAUGGACCUUCGACAGGUCCUACUCUGAAUCAAGAAAAUAAACCACCAAUGGUGGGACUUACGCAAGCCAAUAAUCAAUAUCAAAAUGUGCCGCCACCUAGAGUAGGCUCAAAUCCGCCGAGUCAGUUCCCUCAGCCAAACAAUCAAGGCCAAUUUGGCGGUCCACCGACUGGUCCAAAUGCACCUCCCAAUCAAUAUAGUCAACCCCCUCUUCAAGGCCCACCAACAGGACAAAACUUUUAUUCAUCACAGCCUCCUGUUGGGGGUCCUCCAAAACCAGGCCAACCCAUGCAAGCCCCACUAGGACAAACUCAAAGGCCAAAUCAGCCACCAAUACUGGGUCAUCAGUCAGCACCAAGUCAGUUCCCACCUGGUCAGCCUUCACUGUCGGGCCAACUACCAUUACCGGGACAAUCGCCAAUGCAAAGUCAACAGCCUAUGCCUGGCCAACCACCAAUGUUAGGUCAACCACCAAUGCCGGGCCAACCGCCAGUACCUGGUCAGCCAUUAAUGAACCAACCUCCACAGUUUAACGGUACAAAUCAGAUGCGAGGAGGUCCAAGACAAUAUCCCGCAGGGGGUAUGAAGGAUAAUGGUCCACACAUGCCGCCACCAAUUCCUGGCCAACCGCCAGUUCCCGGGCAACCGUCGAUGAUAGGUCAACCACCAUUACCAGGUCAACCCCCUAUACCUGGGCAGCCGCAAAUGGGUCAGCCUCCGCAAUUUAAUGGUACAAAUCAACUGGUUAAUCAAAUGCAAGGCAUGAAUGUGGGCGGGCCGAGACAGUAUCCGCCGGGAGCCAAAGACAAUGGUCCCCAUAUGCCUCCACCAAUUAUUCAACCGGGUUAUGGACCUGGGCAGCAAAUUAGGGGACCCCAAGGACCUGGUUAUCCGCCUAUGCCCGGACAGGGGGUUAUACCCGGGCAGGGACCUGUGCCUAGCGGACCGGGUGGUUAUCCCCAACCUAAUUAUCAGCAACAACAGCAACAGCAGAAUCGUAGAUUAGAUCCUGAUCAAAUGCCGAGUCCGAUCCAAGUGACACAAGAUGACCAGCAAAACAGAUCAGGUGUCUUUGUUACUAAUCAAAAGGGUCUUGUUCCGCCGUUGGUAACUACCAAAUUUGUUGUACAAGACCAAGGAAAUGCCAGCCCUCGCUAUAUACGAUCUACGAUGUAUAAUGUACCCAUUUCACAAGACAUUAUUAAACAAACCGCAGUUCCAUUCAGCUUAGUAAUUAGUCCGAUGACGAGGACUAUUGACGGAGAGUAUCCUCCGCCGAUCGUAAAUUUUGGAGAAUUAGGACCCAUCCGUUGUAUAAGAUGUAAAGCUUAUAUGUGCCCUUACAUGCAAUUUAUUGAUUCGGGAAGGAGGUUCCAAUGUCUCUUUUGCAGAGUUACCACCGACGUUCCAGCGGAGUACUUCCAGCACUUGGACCACACGGGUCAAAGGAUGGAUCGUUACGAACGUCCCGAAUUGGUGUUGGGCACCUACGAAUUCGUGGCCACGGCGGAUUACUGCCGGAACAACACGCUGCCUAAACCGCCGGCGGUAGUCUUCGUGAUCGACGUGUCUUACAACAACGUUAAGUCUGGUUUAGUCAACCUGCUCUGUUCCCAAAUGAAAGAGAUUAUACAAAAUUUACCGGUGGACCAGGGGCAGGAGAAAAGCAAUAUGAGAGUCGGCUUCAUCACCUACAACAGCUCCGUGCAUUUUUAUAACAUCAAAGGGACUUUGGCUGCGCCCCAGAUGAUGGUAGUCGGGGACGUACAAGAAAUGUUUAUGCCGCUCUUGGACGGGUUUCUUUGUACUCCGGAGGAAUCUGGACCGGUUAUCGACGCUCUUAUGGAACAGAUACCAGCAAUGUUCGGAGAUACGAGGGAAACUGAAACAGUAUUGUUGCCGGCUAUUCAGGCCGGACUGGAAGCCUUAAAGGCGUCGGAAUGCAACGGAAAGCUAAUGGUGUUCCACUCCACACUGCCGACAGCGGAAGCGCCUGGAAAAUUGAAAAACAGGGACGAUCGUAAGCUGCUCGGUACAGAGAAAGAAAGGACCAUUCUAACUCCUCAGACGCAAGCUUACAACCAGUUGGGUCAGGACUGCGUAGCAGUGGGCUGUUCGGUGGACUUAUUUAUUUUCAACAAUGCGUACAUAGAUCUCGCAAGUAUAGGCCAGGUGGCCAGGUUGACUGGCGGUGAAAUAUUCAAGUACACGUACUUCCAAGCUGACAUAGACGGCGAGAGGCUGAUAAAUGACGUUAUAACGGAUAUAAGCAGACCGAUAGCGUUCGACGCUAUCAUGAGGGUGAGGACCUCGACCGGCGUCAGGCCGACUGACUUUUAUGGACAUUUCUACAUGUCUAAUACCACUGACAUGGAAUUGGCAUCUAUUGAUUGCGAUAAGGCAGUCGCCGUUGAAAUAAAAUAUGACGACAAACUAUCGGAAGAGGAAGGUGUGUACAUCCAAGUAGCCCUACUGUACACGUCCUGUUCCGGCCAAAGGAGGCUACGGAUAAUAAACCUCUCCCUGAAAACGUGCUCGCAAAUGGCGGACCUUUACCGCAGCUGCGACCUCGAUACCAUAAUAAACUUCAUCAGCAAACAGGCCGUCUACAAGCUCCUGGAUAACAAUCCCAAGGCCGUCAAAGACAACAUCGUGAAUAGGGCAGCUCAGAUCUUGGCCACUUACAGGAAGAACUGUGCAAGCCCUAGUAGCGCCGGACAGUUGAUCCUUCCCGAAUGCAUGAAACUGCUUCCGCUUUACGUCAACUGUCUAUUGAAGAGCGAUGCCAUAUCCGGAGGUUCAGAUAUGACCAUAGACGACAGGUCGUUUGUCAUGCAAGUGGUCAUGAUAAUGGACGUCCCGACCUCUGUGAAUUUCUUCUAUCCUAGACUCAUUCCCCUCCACGACUUGGAUGUUUCGCAGGAACCCGUCGAGCUCCCGUCCUCGAUUCGCUGCACCAUUGAGAAAAUGAACGAGCAGGGAGUGUACAUCUUGGAGAAUGGUAUCCACAUGUUCCUCUGGUUCGGUUUAGGGGUCAACCCGGAGUUCACUCAGAAAGUAUUUGGCGCUCCGUCCGCCAUUCAAGUCGAUUUGGAACGGAACGGGUUGCCGGAGUUAGACAAUCCUCUGUCGAUAGCUGUUAGGUCCAUAAUUGAUUCUAUAAGGAUACAAAGGCAUAGGUGUAUGAGGUUAACAAUAGUAAGGCAAAGGGAAAAAUUAGAGCCCGUGUUCAAGCAUUUCCUGGUAGAGGAUCGUGGAAACGACGGAUCUCCCAGUUACGUAGAUUUCUUAUGUCAUAUGCACAAAGAAAUACGAACCUUACUGAGCUAGCAGAAGAACAGGUAUUAAUCACGAGUGCGUCGGUGAAAAUAUGGAAUUUGUACUCUAACUUUUCCAUUUUAUUAUAUGCAUUAUGUAAGUUAUAUAAAUAUAUUUUAUCAAUCUAUGUUACUGGUUUAUAUACUUAGGUUGUUAUAAAACAAAUUCACCCUCCGAGGAAUCAUUUUAUUUAUGAUCUGCUUUACGUGAAGAAACGUUUGGAGUACAAAUUUUGAAGAGUGUGAAUUGGUUUUAGCCAGACGGAAAUGCAAUUACUAUCUUUAAUUAUUUUGUAUGUAUAUUUUAGUGGUGCCCUUUUUGAAACGGUAAAUAUAAAAUUAUGUAAUAUACAAGCGACUAAUAAAUAGUAAUAAGUAAA